GUUGAUUGGUUUUGAAUGAGUUUUAAUUUCUAUUAUUUCCAAUUUAGAGAGCCUUUAAACUUAAUUUAAAUAUCCCUAAUCAUUGCUUAUUCAGCCACCGCAAUUACCGCAAGUUUAAAUUGAAUAUAAUAUUAAAAAAUUGUUGAAAAUGUCAAAUGAAACAAAUAAAACAUUCUCAAAUCUGGAAACACCUGGUUAUGUUGGAUUUGCCAAUCUGCCUAAUCAGGUACACAGAAAAUCUGUAAAAAAGGGUUUCGAGUUCACCCUUAUGGUGGUCGGGGAAAGUGGACUGGGCAAAUCUACUCUGGUCAACUCUUUGUUCUUGACCGAUUUAUACCCUGAACGAGUAAUCCCUGAUGCUACUGAGAAAACAAACCAGACCGUGAAAUUAGACGCAUCGACGGUCGAGAUAGAAGAGCGCGGCGUGAAGCUGCGUUUGACCGUCGUGGACACGCCCGGCUACGGAGACGCGAUUGAUAACACGGAUUGUUUUCGAUCCAUAAUUCAAUACAUUGACGAGCAGUUCGAAAGAUUUCUUCGAGACGAGAGCGGCCUAAACCGUCGUAACAUUGUGGACAAUCGUAUUCAUUGCUGUUUCUACUUCAUAUCACCGUUUGGACACGGGUUAAAGCCUCUUGAUAUUGAGUUCAUGAAACAGCUGCACAACAAAGUUAACAUCGUACCGGUUAUCGCCAAAGCGGACUGUCUCACUAAGAAAGAAGUUCAGCGACUGAAAUCUAGGGUUAUGGAAGAAAUCGAAAGGGAAGGCAUAAAGAUAUACCCGCUGCCCGAUUGCGACAGUGACGAAGACGAAGAUUACAAAGAACAGGUCCGCCAGCUGAAGGAGGCGGUGCCGUUCGCAGUGUGCGGCGCGGGCCAGCAGCUGGAGGUGCGCGGGCGGCGGGUGCGCGGCCGCCUCUACCCCUGGGGAGUCGUCGAGGUCGAGAACCCUGAGCACUGCGACUUCAUCAAACUCAGGACCAUGCUCAUUACCCACAUGCAGGACCUCCAAGAGGUCACACAGGAAGUUCACUAUGAGAACUAUCGUUCGGAGAGACUCGCCCGCACCGGCCAAGUUCCGAAACGCCACACGUCAACUGAAAGCGGACUUAGUGAGGCGGACUCUGCGCUCACCAAUGGCUCCGCGGAAGACUCCACCGAGCGCGAGCGUGCCCUACGUGAAAAGGAGGCAGAAUUACGUCGCAUGCAAGAGAUGUUGGAGCAGAUGCAGCGGCAAAUGCAAUUGCAGGCCGCCGGUGCUACCACCGCCACCUCAACCACUGCAUAGUGUACGCUAACGGCGCAGUGGGACACACAAAUGUUUCGGCUGCCUGACAUGUGCGACGUGGUCAAUUCCAUACUGCGCGCCAUUCCCUACUGUGCUACUUCCACUUGACUGUACACUAUGACGAUAUCAUUUAAAGUAUGGCAAAUGUUAAAAAUGUCUCAAAAAAAUUUAUUAUGCAAUGACUAGGUACGAGGGGCAUUUUGAAAUUCUUUGGAGUCUCUAUCGAUUUGGUACCUUAAAUAUGACUUUAUUAAAAGCCAUGUCAUGACAUUUUUACAUCAUUUGCGUUGAAACAAGUUUAUCUCCUCGUCAUUUUAAGGAUACUAGAGUAUUAAAAUUUUAUCUCAAAUAAUUAUUUUAUAGAUGUUUUUAUAGAUCGAAUAUUUCUCUCUAUUGUAGUUGUCUAAGAUAAACUAUACGUAAAUUCAAUGAUACAUUUGAAUCUAGCACAUGGCUUGGAAGUUUUUUGGAUUUACUUUGACGAAAUUGAAUUGAUUUUAAAAUAAUAAACAUACCAUAACCUGGUAGACGAAAUAUGUUAUUUAGACAUAUACUGUAAGUUCUUUAUAAGAUCUAAUUAAUAGUGAUCUGAUGUUUGAUUGUAUUCAUUAUUCUCGUGCCAUUGUCGACUUUUUAUUUCGUAUUUAAACUCUUGCAUGAAAUAUUUUCAUUGAUCCCAAUAAUUGUAUGUACUUAAUAAGUAUCUAAACUGUAGUAAGGAGAGCCAAAUCGGAUUAUCUGCGUUUUUUUUUUGUAAAAUAUCCCUUUGCCACAAAUAAUAUUGAUCUGGUCCCACUUUAAAGAAGAAUUAAGCUUAGAAAUACUAUAUAUAUAGCAUUUAUGGCGUUCGCAUCUAAAGGUAAUUUGGUAAAUUAACUUAUACUUAAAAAAAUCAGCAAUGUCACUAGCGUAUUACAGCAUCGCAUAUAUUGCUGUAGACCUCACAUCCCCUUAUUCAAAGUUUAUGUGAGAGACUUGUAAACUCGAAUAAAAACUAUUUUAGAUUAUAAUAAAUGUAUCAUCUCAAUUUUUGAUACCUACUAAUAGUGGUGAUGACGUUUAUUUCCUUUUUAAAAUAUGUUCACAAAAUAUUUAAUAUUGCAGAAGACAAAGUUAUUAUUCUUCCAUUUAGAUUUGAGUUAGUAAGUAUCAGAACAUUUUAAUUUCGUGUUAACAUUAAGAGAAUAUUUACUCUAUUUUAUAUCAUCAUUUUAGUAUAUUGUGUUGUUAUUUAAUGAGUGUAAUGCAAUAUUUUAUCGGAUGUCCAUUACAAGACUGAAGUUGUGAGUGAAUAUGAUUGGUAUAAUAAUUUCUUGAAUGGUACUUAAUAGUUUGAAUCAUUCUGUUACAAACCCAUUCCCUAUUGGUGCAUUUAUAUCCUAGUUGAUGUUAAUAGAACAACGAUUUCAUAGUUUCUUGUAGGAUUAACAUGAUUCUAACUUUCAAAUUCUAGAUUCUAGAUCGGUGCCAAAGUUGGUUAUAUUAUGAGGUUUGCUAAGUAAAGUUUGUGAUCGGAUGUAGUAGAUUUGAAUUAUUUCACUCGUUAGAGAAAACCUAUUAGAAAAUUAAAUGUAAUGAAUGAAUACUCUUAUGUAAUCAUAUUUUUAUAAAAUAAAGAG